AUGGGUGAAAUGAUCGUUUCGAACGGGCCCUGGGACAUGUUGAACUCGGUCCUUCGGUUUAGGGACGAUGACUCCCAGUUUUGGUGGGAUAGAACAGGACGAAUGUUCUCCAGGCUCCUUCAAUAUGCUGGCUACAGCGCCGCAGAGCAGUACCGCGAGCUUAAUUUCUACUCCCUCUUUGUUGCCCCUGAGCUUGGUCCUUCCCCAGACUGCCAUGGGAAUGUAAGAAGAUGGAGAAGCCCUGGAACCCCAGAUUCUACGCCCAUCGACUUCAGUUGGGAAUGGGGAAAGGAUAAUCGCGCCACUGUCCGGUACAGCUUCGAGCCCAUUGGCAUUCACGCCGGCACAGAGCUUGACCCGCUUAACAGGCACGCAACAAACGACUGGAUCUUCAGACUUCAACAGCAAAAAAUGGUUCCUGAGCUUGACUUGGAGUGGUACACUCAUUUCACCAACCAAAUUCUGCCACACGACAUGCGAACAUCAAAAACAGUAGACUGCUUUGUCGAAGAGACAACGCCAAAAGCUGGAACGGUAGUUGCUCUUGACAUCGAGAAGACCGGGCCCGUUAUGAAGAUCUACAUCUACCCCGGACUCAAAGCAGAGGAGCUCGGCAUUACCAACCUCGAACUCGUAGAGAAAUCUAUACGAAGCUUGCCAGCGCAUCAGUUUCAGUCACUUAACGCGGAACCGCUUCUUGACUUUUUACGAGAGGGUACGAAGAAAUACAACUUUGAAACAGGUAUCCUAGCCAUCGACUGCUUGGCACCAACGGAUGCGCGAAUCAAGGUCUAUAUACGUGCUCGCCACACAACGUUCGAGUACAUGAUGGACUGCAUCACACUAGGAGGAAAACUUGACAUGUCAGGUGAGGCAAUCGAGGACCUCAAGGAAUUCUGGAAGACCUUCGUUGGUGAUGCACCAGAUGUGCUACCCGAAGACGCCCCUGGCCGAGCAAGUCCUGGGUUUUAUUACACUCUCGGCUGUGGGAAAGCUAUCUCUCCCAAGGUUUAUCUCUGUCCGCAAUACUUCUGCAAGAAUGAUGUGGAUGUUCUGGCCCGCCUCCGCAAAUUCUUCUCCACACGCCGAUCGGAUCGGAUGAUGGACAACUAUGAACAAGCUAUGGUCGAUAUCUUUGGUACCAAGACACUGUAUUCCAGAUGCGGCAGUCACUAUUACGUUGGAUGUGCGUUGGCAAAAGGUCAACUGAGGGUUGUUACUUACUUAAGUCCUCAGUCAUUCGAUUGCGAAAAAGACAGGAUUCAGAUCAAAUAG